AAACGUGUCGUUCAGCCGCAGUAUCAACGAAAUUAAACCCUGCUACAUAAAAACAGAAACAAACAAAAAAACUGCAAAGGUGAAUCAGUAAAAAAAUUACAACAAUGAAGACAUCACUGAUUUGCCAGUUGGCUGCUUUUGCACUGAUCGCCACAGUGUCGUGUAAUGAUGGAAAGGACAAACGAUUGCAGAUUGGUGUGAAGAAAAGAGCUGAUCCAGCCAAGUGCACCAUUAAAUCCAAGAAGGGAGAUACUCUCAACAUGCACUAUACUGGUAAACUUGAAGAUGGAACAGAAUUUGACAGCAGCAUACCACGUGGAAGACCUUUCACAUUUACACUUGGCUCUAACCAAGUCAUUAAAGGCUGGGAGCAGGGACUUUUGGGAAUGUGUGAAGGAGAGAAACGAAAGCUUGUUAUUCCUCCUGAACUUGGAUAUGGUGACAAUGGUGCCCCUCCAAAGAUUCCUGGCGGCAGUACUCUGGUGUUUGAGGUUGAAUUAAUAUCUAUUGAGCGCAAAGAUGAACUGUGAAUAGCAAAACUGUGAUAUCUGUAUCACAUGAAGUGUUAACGGAGAGAGUUAGAAUGUAGAGGAGUGUAUGGGGACAGAUUGUUAUCUAUUGUAUGGUGGGUAUGUGUUGGUGUAAUUUGCAUAAAAUAUCUACAGUUGUCGUUUCUUUUGGAAAAUUUUGAUAUUGAUUUUUGGUGUAUUUUAAUCCUAUUUUGUUUAAAAUUUAGUCAUUGGAAAGAACUUCACAUAAGAUCACUUUGCUAAGAAGAUAUUAGUAUGUAAUAUACUUUUCAUCGGACAGUGACUAUGCACAGUAAAAUGGUUUCUUAUAGCAUUGAACAAACUAUUUACAACAUAUUUUCUAUUCAUGAAUACCCAUAAGAUGAAUUUAUGGUGAUUUGAUCAUUUAUUCCUUUGAUGAAAAUGUUUUGAUUUACUGUAAUUGUAUGUUGAAAAUUCGAAAUCCAGAGAUGUUACUGUAUGGAUAAAUAUACAAAGGAGUUUUAAUUUAUGUUAUUCAGAUUCAUUAGCUCAUGUCUGUUGAUUAUACUGUACAUGUUGUUAAGUUGGACACAUCACCCAACAUUUAACAAGGGUUAUAUCUGGGAGUCAUUUGAAUAUCAGUUGUACCAAUAUGUGAUCAAUUUUUCCUGUAUAAGGUAAUAUAUAGUGAUUAAGUGAUAAACAUAUCCUGUGUUCCCAUUUCAUUUUACACAUAAAAUCAUUUCAAAAUCAUCAUGCACAUUUGAAAUCUUAGAUUUGAAAGAUUGUUCAGAGGGUACCAUUUGCAAAAAUAAAAACGUUUUCUACUUUCA